UCGAACAGGAUAGGUGACUGGUUUAAUUUUUCUUCCAAGCCUGUAGAGAAGGAUUACCAUCUGUUGGAAGCUGCAUUGGAACAGGACAGACUGGCAGUGUUUUCAUUUCAUUUCCUCCCUUUUUGAGGACAACAAACAUUACAGAUACACAAACUGAUUAUAUAUAUUGGACACCUUUGAGAAAGGCAGACAUGGAUGAAGAGACUCCACUGCUGAACAGAAGACCAAUAUCAUCUGCAUCCAAGAUCAAUAACGCCAAACUGUACUUGGCCGUAUUCUCUGCCGUCCUGGGGAACUUCAAUUUCGGUUACUCCCUGGUCUACUCUUCCCCGGUCCUGCCAAAGUUGAAGGACCCCAAUGUCGACCCUCGGCUCAGGAUGGACACGGAGCAGGCUGCCUGGUUCGGCUCAAUCUACACACUGGGUGCAGCAGCAGGAGGGCUGGGGGCCAUGCUGCUCAAUGACAUGAUUGGACGCAAGCUGACCAUCAUGACCUCAGCAGUGCCGUCGACUAUUGGAUACAUGCUGAUGGGAGGGGCUGUGGACUUGUGGAUGCUCCAUGUGGGUCGUUUCCUCACAGGCAUAGCCGGGGGUAUGACAGCAGCAUCCAUCCCUGUUUACAUCUCAGAGAUUUCCCACAAAGCAGUAAGAGGAGCUCUGGGCUCCUGCCCUCAGAUCACUGCUGUGUUUGGGUCCCUGGCACUCUACGCCCUGGGUCUGGUGGUACCGUGGCGGUGGCUGGCAGUGGCGGGGGAGCUGCCAGCAUUGCUGAUGGUUGUGCUGCUGGCGUUCAUGCCCAGCUCCCCCAGGAGGCUCCUCUCUCUGGGUAGAGAGCAGCAGGCUGAGAAGGCCCUCCGCUGGCUGAGGGGGAAACACUACGACACACACAUCGAGAUCAGUGCCAUAAAGCACAGCAUUAACACACAGGGUAGAGUCACAUGGUCGCAGCUGGCAACACCCAUCUACUACAGGCCAAUCCUCAUCUCAGUGGUAAUGCGUUUCCUGCAGCAGAUGACGGGCAUCACGCCCAUCCUGGUCUACCUGGAGCCCAUCUUUUCCCAAAGCAAAGUCUCCCUGGAGCCCAAGUAUGAUGCUGCCCUUGUGGGUGUGGUCCGCCUCUUUUCUGUUGCCACGGCAGCCACUUUGAUGGACAAGGUGGGACGCAAAGCCCUGCUGUACACGUCGAGCAUGCUGAUGUUCCUGUCCACUCUGACUCUGACCAUGAUCUCCCACACCACAGCUUGCCCUCCAGGCCCCGGCCCUCUGAAUCUCACUGCGAGUGUGGACUACAGCUCCCCUAAUGUAAUUGGAAACACUGCAGCAGGCCUCAUUCCUCUCAUCAGCACCAUGGUGUUUAUAUUUGGAUACGCCAUGGGAUGGGGCCCAAUUACGUGGUUGCUGAUGUCAGAGGUGUUGCCGCUGGUUGCCCGGGGCGUGGCUUCAGGUCUGUGUGUGACUGUGAGCUGGGUGACGGCCUUUUUGCUUACACACGCCUUCACACACCUGGUGGACAGUUAUGGCCUGUAUGUGCCCUACCUGUGUUUCACUGUGGUGUGUGUGUUCUGUCUGCUGUUCAAUGCUGUGUGCAUCCCAGAGACUCGCGGCCGCUCGCUGGAGGAAAUUGAGAACUAUUUCAGGACAGGACGUACGUUCACCAUCGUCCGGAGUCACUCAACUACACAGUCGAGCUGAAGCCCAAAGAACAGUUACCAUUAGUGCAAGAAGCAGGUCUCUAUUAAAAAUCAUGUUGCAAUAAUAACAUUUCUAUGUGUGUGUAUAAAUGUAAAUGUUUCGUUGACUCCAACUUAUUUAACACAAUGCAUUGAGCCAACAGUCGGCCCAGUAACAUUUGUUGCUUAACAAGUAGGCUAGCUGUUUUUCUUUAGUAGCCUAUACUAUGUUUCAAACUAUGCAGUAUUUCUACCAUAGUUAUACAAAGUUUACACCCAGUUUGGGUUUUUGUUGUUGGAGCUGAUUGGUGUUAUGAAGGUCUAAUUAUUAAACAAAUAAUCAACAGCUGAAUUAUUUCUUUUAAUCAUGCUGUAUUAUGUCACAUAGAUUGGCAAAAAACAUCAGCUGCAACAUAAUAUAUUUACAAUUUAUAUAUAUAUGUAUAAAGGUAAAAAAAACUUUUUAUGAAGCCGGGGGAGGGGAGCACUAUUCAGAGAACAAAGUUUGUAAGAUUAAAGUUAUACAAGGAUGUUCUCUGAGAUUAAAGUAGUAAAUUUACAUGAAAAGAACUUGAAUGUUCUCUGAGAUUUAAUUUAUAAAUUUGCGAGAAAGAACUUUUUUGUGUUAUUAAUGGCUCUGUACUCUUAUUUUAAAAGCAGGAUAUAACAACAUUAAGAGAUACUUCCUUCUGUUCAAAGACCAAAAACAUAAAUUAAUUAGGGCAUUUGCCGAUAUCUAUAAAUAACUAAAUAUAAUAACUAAGAUGUGACACAUGUUUUCAAGUCCCUCAUUUCUACCUAACUGUCUGAAAGCUCCACCUCUUCUCUUAAAUCUGCUCUGACUCUUGUAUUAUUAAUGAGAGUUUUUUGAUGGUCCUAGUAGAUUGUUGUACCGUAUCCUUAAAAAUUUUAUUAACCAUGUGAACAAACUGGUUGGCAGCUGUUUGGGGAAAAACUGGUUCAUCAUCUUCUCUGGGCCUAAAAAACAUAACAGGAAGUGAUAUUGCCGGGACACAGUGGUGGCUCAGCAUGCCAGGUCACAUGCCACAGUGUGCGCUCAGUGUCGUAGGUUUGAGUUGCAGAUAGCAACCUCCCCAUGCUUCCCAGUUCCUUAAUAACAGCAUUGGACAUGUUGUUAACUCACAGCAGUUAAUGGAUGGACUAUGGACAUGAAAAUAUGAAAUUGAUAUGAAAAUUAAUUAUGAAAAAUAUGAAAGUCACAGUUUUGAACUGUACAGUUUCUAUACACAUAUGCAAAUGCACAAUAUACCACUUACAACGGUUGAGAUGAGUGUUUGCUAAACAAAUGUGUAACACAGUAUAUGUAGGUAUUUGUGUAUGGUUAAAAAAUGUCUGUUCAAAACUCUUAAGUUUUGUGAGAAAAUGUCCAGAUGUUUUUACUUAAUCAUUUUAUAUGUAAGUGCAAAGGGAUCCAUUAAACUGAAACAUGGUCUUGCUGUCACGCUAAAAUCUCUUUACCAAGGUAGAACAAAACUAAAUAAUCUUAACAAAUAAUGAAUUCUCUUGAUUUUCUAGUAGAGAAUGUAGAUUACUCUAGAUAGCAGAAAAUAAUAGACAGUUACAAGUUCUGGUGGAUAAUAUAAAUAUACACCUUCAGACAUUUUACACCUCUCUGACACAACCUCAUAACAGUAGGAUUGCAAAAUAUGUGAGUCAGAUGAUCCCGUUAUUUUGUCUACCCACUGUUUUAGUAGAUAUUGCUUUAGAGUGAAUCUGUAAUGCUGAGUAAAUUACGUGCAUAUAAACAGUUUUAUGCAAA